AUAACAUCUGAAAACCAACUCAUGUGUGCUUAUAACAUUUAGUAUUGAUUCUUUCUGAAAUGAGAUUGCUAUUCAUGCAAAUAAAUGGUGAACCUGUUUUAGACUUUAAAAAAUAAAAAUGUUAUAGUUGAAAUGUACUUCAAAGAUUGCUAUUUAUAUAAAACCUGUUUCAGAUUUAAGUAGAAUUUCAAUGAGGUGUUCUAUUUUGAUUAGUCAAAAAUCUCUAUGAUUUUGUGUCUUAGUAGCAGAUUUAAGUAGAAUUUCAAACUUAAAUUCUCAAAAGUCUUCUAUUUUUUUAUACUGUUUUUGUGUCUUAGUAGCAGAUUUUUUCGUGUCAAUUGCAGUCAUAUACUGCUAUAUAUGCUGAUGUUAAAAGCUUGAAAUGUACUGUCUUGUUUAUUGUGCUGCGAUGUAUGUGCUGCUUUGUCUGACAACUUAAUAAUUAUAAUUCUCCUAGGAUGGACAAUCUGUUGGAUGAGGACCCAUUCUUCACCACUCUCUUACAAAGUGGAGGAGAAGGUCCUAUUACCACUCCAACAUUCUCACAGCAUUCUAAUGUUGUGGUCGCUUCAACCCCUCUUCACGGUGAAAAGAGGCCUCCAACAAAAAAAGUUCAAAGAGGAGCUUCUUUCACUGUUGAGGAGGAUAAUGUACUUGUCUCUGGUUGGCUCAACAUUAGUAUUGAUGCCAUUCGGGGAACUGAUCAGAAAUCCACUCAAAUGUGGGAGAGGAUUUCUGAAUUUUAUCACGAAUAUAAAAAACCACAGACUAUGAACCGUUCGGUUGGAUCAUUGAUCAAUCGUUGGUCCAUGAUUCAGAAAUGCACAAAUAAGUUUUGUGCAUAUCUAGCUCAAGUAGAGUCAUUGCACCCGAGUGGUGCAACCGAACAAGAUAAGAUUGAAAAGGCAAAAAUAUUGUACAAAGAGAUGGAACGAGGAAAUUUCACAAUGGACCAUUCUUGGAAUCUUUUGAGACACCAACCCAAAUGGCAUCAACAUAUGAAUACGCUGAAUACGAGGAGAAAGCCACAUGAUAAACAUCCUUCCAAUGAGCAGUCAAGUGAAGUUUUGGGCGAUGUUGUGGAGGAGCAUGUUGAAAGGCUUGCUGGAAAAAAGGCUGAAAAGGAAAACUUGAGGAAGCGAAAGGCUCAAGAAUCAUCUGAUGCUGAGUUCAACACGACAUUAGGAGCAAUGACCGAGGAUAGACGAUUGUUCAUGGCGGAGAGAAGAGAAUGGCAGACGAAGGCUGAUCGUGAUAGAGGUGCACAACUGGAUCUUGAUAAAAGAAAGUUUGAUGCUGAGAUGAUGGGCAAGGAUCUUUCUGGUAUGAAUGCCAUGCAGCAAGCCUACUUCCGUAAAGUUCAGAAAAAAAUUUGGGAAGAGUCAAUGAGUGAUGAAGAUGGUAUAUCUGAAUGACUUUCUGAUUUCCAGCUUGUAGUGGCUGCUUAGCCACAAGACUUCAUAAUGAAGCAUGUGGCUGGGCAGUCACUAUGAUAAUGGAUGACUUUCUAAUUUUCAGCUUUUUUGAAUGGAAAUACAUUGGAAUUUGUGAAUGUUAGUUUAGUUUUUGGACUUGGUUUUGUGGAUAGAAAAUCUGUGAAGUACCCAUUUUUUGGAAGUGUUUGUGGAUCUGUUUGUAUGUGAUGAAACUGGAUAUUUGCUGGAAGUAUUUGGUGAAUGGAGGUUGUAUUCUUAAACUUGUCUGUUGGAUCU